CCGCUUGACGUGCGCGGCCCAGGCGAGUCACCUUGCUUGUACACAGCAGCAGUCCUGAAUCGGCGGAGCGGCGGAAGCGAAGGUGUCCUACAGAAACCCGAAGCAGCACCGCAGCCAUGGCAGCCGCAGCGGACACGGCUAAGGCCAAGCCCAAAACAUCGCCCAAAUCUAUUAAGUUCCUUUUCGGUGGCUUGGCUGGGAUGGGCGCCACAGUGUUUGUGCAGCCUCUGGAUCUGGUGAAGAACCGAAUGCAGCUGAGCGGGCAGGGCUCCAAGGCUCGUGAAUACAGGACCAGCUUCCAUGCCGUGGCCAGCAUCCUUCGCAACGAGGGCAUCCGCGGCAUCUACACCGGACUUUCUGCAGGUCUGUUGAGACAGGCUACCUAUACCACGACCCGUUUGGGCAUUUACACGGUUCUGUUUGAGCGCAUGUCCAAAGCUGACGGCACACCGCCCAACUUCUUCAUGAAGGCUCUUAUCGGAAUGACCGCUGGGGCCACGGGGGCGUUCGUCGGGACUCCGGCUGAAGUGGCGCUUAUUCGAAUGACGGCUGAUGGGAGGUUGCCUCCAGAUCAGAGGAGGGGUUACACUAAUGUGUUUAAUGCCCUCAUCAGAAUCACUAGAGAGGAGGGAGUCACCACACUCUGGAGGGGUUGCAUACCCACCAUGGCCAGAGCAGUUGUUGUGAACGCAGCCCAACUCGCUUCAUAUUCCCAGUCCAAACAAGCGCUGUUGGACUCUGGAUAUUUCAGAGAUGAUAUCCUGUGUCAUUUCUGUGCCAGUAUGAUCAGUGGACUGGUCACCACUGCCGCCUCCAUGCCAGUAGACAUUGUUAAGACCAGAAUCCAGAACAUGAGAAUGAUUGAUGGGAAGCCUGAGUACAAGAAUGGUUUGGAUGUAUUGGUGAAAGUCAUAAGGAAGGAAGGAUUCUUCAGUCUGUGGAAGGGUUUUACUCCUUAUUACGCUCGUCUCGGGCCACACACAGUUCUCACCUUCAUCUUCCUGGAGCAGAUGAACAAAUUCUACAAGAUCUAUUUCCUUGACUCCUAGAUUUGCCCUUACGGUCAUCGGUGGACAGCACGGGCCAUAUUUCCACAUUAUGUUUCUCUCACACAUUCGGUUUCCCAGUAUAGUUUACGUUUGUGACGGUUGGUAAAAGAACCCCUGUACCAGCUGGGUUGUGACCCUUUGCUGUGGUGGUAACCCAGAAGACAAUUUGGACUCUUUAUGCUACACAGACUGACUAGCUCAACUAUAAAUUGAAUUGAAUGAAGGGAUCGUUCGCACCGAUCAUAUCCCUUUUAGUUUUUAAUGAUAUUUAUGUGUCCCACCCACUACACAAAGAUUUCCUCUUUUAAAGAUCAACGGCUGUACUGAUCGGUCAACAGACGUACUUGUGAAGAGUCUUUGUCAAUACAGAUGCUGAACCUGUGUUCUGAGUGAAAAAGAUUUUUGUCUUUCUUAUUUCAUAAUUCUUUUGAUUCUUACCAACACGGUGGGCAAAACACUCUUAUGAUCCCACUGCAGUGAUAUCGUAGCCUCAGAUCACCAUGUCCACCAUAUGUCCUAGCAUGAAGGACUGCUUUGCAGUGAACAGUUGGUGAUGUUUGCUAACGUUGAGCACAAUUAACUGGAAAUUGUCAUGUAAUAAAGAUAAUGUGGUGAGUAACGGCCAAUACCACACCAGACAGCUUGUUGUGAUGUAUUAAAUGAUGCAACUACGCAUUUGAGAAUUCAUUUUACUUGGUCUGAAGAGAAAUAAAAGUAACUAGACACAG